CUCAUGGACGAGGGAUAUUCUCCUGACAACGAAGGCUGGGGUAGUAGUUCUGAUUCAUUCGAAGACAUAGACAACGUUGCUCUGCUACCUGAGAUCAAGAGAAAACCGAAUCGAAUCAGAAGAAGAAAAGUUCGAUUUUUAAGGGACAGAAGCUUUGAGUUCUCUAUAAGGAGAAUGUGCUCUCGAAGAACUCUCGUUUAUACUACCAUCACAGCUGUCCUUCUUGUAUCAGUAGUUUUGAUCUCGAUUUUUGUGAAGCCUUCGACCUCGGAAGAAUUUGAAGAAACUAAGCCAGAAAAGCGUUCACAAUUUCAAGAUGAACCAGAGAAGAAUCAAGAGAGAAAGGGGAAAAAGUUAUAUCUAGAUAAUGAAGGAAAAAAAUUCGCUUGGCAAGAUAUUCGCCUUCCAACCAAUUUGGUUCCCCAGAAAUACCGCGUCGAGCUUCACCCGAACAUUACCACUUUCAAAUUCACAGGUACUGUUGAUAUGCUCCUCAAAUGUGUAAAGAACACAGACAAAAUAUUCUUUCAUGCUAAGACUAUGGAAUUAACGAAUAUCAAGGUAGCAAAGAUCAAGGAAAAUGCUGAUAAAUUAGAAGUUUUGUCGAUCAAGAAAAUCACUUCAAGCAAAGAUCUUGAGAUGCAUGCGAUUCAAGUCAACGAUGAACUUCAAGCAGACCAAGAGUAUAUUGUCUUUGUUCAAUUUAAAGCUUCUCUGUCAGAGAAACUUUUUGGAUUUUACAAGAGUUCUUACAAGAAUAAACGAGGAGAAAUAAGGUUAAACGAAAGGAUGGUCUUCUGAAAGAUUACUUUAAAGAGACUGUUAAAAUGAGUACAUAUCUGAUUGCGUUUGUGGUUUGUGAUUUCAAGCAUCUCUCUGACAGGACUAAAUCAGGCACCCUGGUUCGUGUUUGGGCGCCACCAGAUGAUAUCGAGCAAGCAAGGUUUGCCUUAUCAGAGGCCAAGAAAAUCCUGUACUACUAUGAGGACUUCUUCCAAGUCAAGUUCCCUCUCCCAAAGCAAGAUUUGAUUGCAAUACCUGAUUUCGCUGCUGGUGCAAUGGAGAACUGGGGCUUGAUCACGUACCGUUCAACGUCAUUGUUGUAUGAUGAGAAGGAAUCGUCUGACAGCAACAAGCAAUGGGUGGCAACUGUAGUUGCACACGAACUGGCACAUCAGUGGUUCGGUAACCUUGUCACGAUGAAGUGGUGGAACGACCUGUGGCUGAAUGAAGGGUUUGCAAGCUUUAUAGAGAACAUUGGAGCUAAUUACACCAACCCUGAGUGGAAAAUGAUGGACCAGUUCUUACUGGACAAAACACAACUGUCCAUGAACCUGGAUCAGAUGAGUAACUCUCAUCCAAUCAGUGUACGUGUAGACAACCCUAACCAGAUCAACAGCCUGUUUGACUCAAUAUCAUAUGAUAAGGGGGCAGCCAUAAUAAGAAUGUUGAAGAAUUUCAUUGGUGAUACAGCGUUUCAACACGGACUUCAAAAUUACCUCCAAGCUCAUGAGUUCAGCAAUGCGGAGACUAAAGAUUUAUGGAGUAUGCUAUCAAAGGCUGCCAAGGAUGUCAACGCAGACGCCCGUGACGUCAAAGAGGUGAUGGAUACAUGGACCCUACAGAUGGGGUUCCCUGUCGUGACGAUCAAACGACAUAAUGGCAAGGCUGCCGCUUCACAGAAACACUUCUUAGUUCAUCCUAAAGCCAAAGUAACUCGAAAGUCAAAAUUCGGCUACAAGUGGCUCAUUCCUUUAACCUACCGAACACAAAAGAACGAAGAUAGAAAACAAGUGUGGAUGAAUAAAGACAAUAAUGAAGUUUCUUUCGAUUGGCCUGAGGACAGUGGUUGGCUGAAAGUAAAUUAUGGACAACAGGGAUUUUACCGAGUGAAUUACGAGAAGGAAAACUGGGAGAAGCUGAAGAACCAACUGAAUACCGACCACAAGGUAUUCGGUGGAGCAGACAAAGCGGGUUUGAUAGACGAUGCCUUCAACCUGGCCAGGGCUGGACAGCUGAAGCUAACAACCGCAUUGGACCUGACGUUGUAUCUAGUCAACGAGAAGGAGUACGUCCCUUGGUCAUCUGCGUUGAAUAAUUUGGGAUACAUCGACUCUAUGCUCUGUGCAUCUAAAGGAGAUUAUGCUUAUUAUAAGAAAUAUGUACUGCAACAGCUGACGCCCAUCGUUGAGGAACUGGGUUGGGAAGACAAAGGCAGUCAUUUGCAGAAGUAUCUUCGAGCCUCGGUCUUAAGACUUGGUUCUGAAUACGGCCACAAGAAGGCCACAAAAGAAGCUAAAAAGAUGUUCGAUGAGUGGAGACGAACUGGCAAGCGAAUUUCUCCUAAUCUUCGUAACGUGGUUUACGCUAUUGGUGUACGGGAAGGUGGUGAAGAAGAGUUUGAUUACAUGUUAAAGGAAUACUUGAGUGCAACUGUUGCAUCCGAGAAAAGAAAGCUUAUGUAUGCCCUAACAACUACCAAGAAAGUCUCUCUCUUGGACAGACUGUUGAAAAUGAGUUUGGACAGAACAAAGUUUCGCAGUCAGGAUACUGUAGCUGUGAUAACGUCAGUUGCUGGUAACUGCGUGGCUCGUCAAAAAGCUUGGGAUUUUGUUCAAAGUAACUGGGAUGAGCUCUAUAAAAGGUAUGCCACUGGUUCGUUUGAUUUCAGCCGUCUUAUCCUCAGAACGUCAUCGCACUUUAGUACUAAGGAAAUGUACAAAAAGGUCAAGGCAUUCUUUGAUAAUCAUGACAUGGCAUCUGCGGUACGUGCCAGCAAACAGAGCUUAGAGAGCAUUCAAGCAAACGUGGACUGGUCCAAUCAGAACAGACACGACGCAAUCAAUUGGUUCAAAGCCCAUACCAAGCAGGUGAAAUUCGAAGAUUUAGAAGAAAGAAUGACUGGCAUGGAGGAUUUGAUACCAGAGGAGUACCCUGGACACAACGACUACCGAGAAGAACCCGAGUACAGUAAUGAAAGACAGUUUGCUCGUAAUUAUUACUAUCCAUCACAAGAGGAUUUCCAGAAUGACGAGGAGUACUUCCGCGAUACAAGAGAAGUGGUAAACGAAAAUGAAUUAGGAUAUGGUAGGAAUGAAUAGUGUUUAUUGAUUGGUGGACCUGAAAUGCUUGCCUAGUCACGUGAUACUUCAAUAUGUAAAAUCUCUCUUCACAAAACAACUUUCUUUUUAUUGAAACUGCAAAAAAAUAUUAAGGCCUUUGCCCAAUAUUUUUGCACUUGUUAUAUGUUCCAGAUCAAAGGAUUAACUUUUUCUCAGGAACUUUCCUUUAAUGUUCAAACUUGUUUCCCCUAGCAAAUGUUUAGUUCUAAUAUUGGUAUUCAUAGCCGGGACCAUCUCUGUUUAAUUGUUUUUCUUAUCCUCUAAUUAAAUUAACAUAAAUAGGACUUCAAGUAAGGAGAAACUGCUCCUUUUGGUCUAUAAUCAAGCCAAAUCGCGUGAUAAAGGCAAACAUUUCAAAGAAUGUCAGUGAUAUUUGCGUUGAAUUUUUUUUAACCUUAUAUUUCCCCCGUACUAUUUAUUAUUAUAAAGCAAGUUACUCGUUAUAUUAGAACGUAAUGCGUGACCGGUUUUGAUGUUUAACAUCAUUUUUAAGCACGAGCGUUUCUGUUCAAAUAAAACAAAAAGCCGUUUGUUUUACAGGGACUAAACUCGUUCAUUAAAAUUUGUAAAUAUCAGAGCUGGUCAUACGUUUAUUGUUCGCCUCGCAUAAGCCGAUUUUAUCUAGAAAAGCAAGAGACACGAUAAUUUUCAACUUUGUUUUUUUCCAUUGCUUGGGCUACCUGUGUUGGAUGUUAGACGACUUACAGUCACGUGCUUGUGUACCAUAAUAGUAAUAAGUUAAUUUACCCUCUCUUUCCCGGUCCUAAGGAUAUUCUUGCUUGAGUACAUACAAACGUACCUCAAAAUACCAUAAGGUCAUAAUUACAUUUUGAAAAAGGUUUUGAUAGUCAAAAAACUGUUAAAUUCAAUUUUUUUGCCAUACUUGUGAUUUCAAAAACUUCGACACAGGCAACCCAAAAAAUUGGCUUCAUGGGAAAAAUGAAAAAAAAAAAAAAAAAAAGGCGAAGAGUAUCGUGUAACUUACUAAAGAGAGAGUCGCUAACGUUCGACUUAAAUUACUUCAAUUUUAUAUGGAUUUACUUCCCCCUGUCAAGAAUGAAUUAUUCAAAUUAUUUUUGCGAUAUCUUCAAAGGAAUAAGAAUGACGGACUAAUAAUAUACGUCUUUCAUUUCUCAGAUAAUAUUAUACUUAGUACAGUUACCUGAACUUUUUUAACACUCUCUUUAUCCCUCUCUCUUUUCUUUCUAUCUCUCCUUCAUUUCGAAUUGCUUAUACACCUAUUACAAUAAAGGUUGACGGUUGGGAGCCAUAAGCGAUAGGUGAUAGGUUAUUUCAAGACGGAAAGGAAAUACGGUCGUGUAAUUAAACAAUCAUGGUACUUAAAACGUCGAUUACAAACAACGCUGGAAAUCUCAGCAUAUCCUCUGUGUUCUUGAUGAGAAUAAUAAUAAAAUAAACGAGUUAUUCCAGCUAUACUUGGAUCUUGGAAUUACCUAUCUCCUAUCGCCUCCAGCAACGACAAUCUUUUUUUGAAAGAGGUAAAUCGUGGAUUUACGUCGCUAAACAGGCGCCAAAUUAUAAAGCAAUACUUAUUGCUACAUUAAUAAAAUAUUAAUUAUUUAAUGAUAAGGGUAUACAAAACCUCGUAUGUCACUCGUCAGACUCUAGAAGCACCUGAUGAGUCGAUUAAAAAUGACUGGGGAUAAGUCACGUGACAUAACCAUAGUUGCACAUUUAGUCAAUUAUCAAUAGUAGUCUUAGCAAGAUUACUCGACAUUUUCGACUUUCACAUUCCCAUAAUCCUUUGCGUCUUUGGGGGGUAACCAGAGGGUAAAAAUCCACUUAUUUUGCUGAAGGCUGAUCAGACAGUGUUGGAAAUACCUUGUUUGGUAUCCAAAGAUAAAAUGAAGAAGUAGA